ACUCUAUAAAGGAACUCUGCCAAAAUUCCAGCUCAACCAACAAUUGCUUAGUUGACCAAAGAAUUGCUCCACCAUGGCCAAUGCUGGAGCAGCCUUUGGGUUGGAGGACGUGCCGGAUUUGCCUGAAGCACCCACGGAACAGCCCAAGUACAACCGGGAUUACCAUCGUCUCUUCGUCAAAUUCAUGAGCUGGCUGCACAAGAGGACAUACACCAAGGCGGCUCGCUUCAAACCUAGUGCUUUGGCCGGAUCCAACCACACCACGUUGCGACUACUUGAAAUGGCGUGCGUAUGUGCCACAUGGAAUGGAACCUCCGGCAAUCCAACCAAGUCCGAUCCUGUGAACGAAGUGGUCAAGGAAGUCAAGAAAGCGGAGAACUCAACACCGCGGCAAGAAGUCCUGUGCCACCAGGGAUUUGAGGAAACUGAGUAUCGCAAGGUGGUCCAUGAACUCUACGGCAAAGGGAGCUUUGAAUCGACCAUCCGUACAGCCUGCAUGUUGAAGCAGCAAGUCCAUCUCAUCACCAGGACGGACGACAUCUCCAAGUUGAAGUAUUCCGACUACAAGCCGCAUCCAGACUUCCCUUUUGCGCUCAGUUGCAAGGUGCAUUGGUCCAAGAAUAUUUCGGAAGAACGACAAUGCCCUGACCAAAUCAUUCUUGGGUCGAUGGAUACCGACUUUUGUGCUAUGCUCGAUUGGCGAAUUACAUGGAGGCGUCUUCAACUACGGGUAUGGCGCCGCUGGUCGGGAAGAUGCAUUCCUCUUUACUCCCGAAAGCGAUCCUAA